AUGCUCUUGGUCACCGCUUUUCCACAAGGAUACAAAAUGGCGCUGCCAGGAUGGGGAGAGCGGAGGUCUUCACCCCUCAGAGAUGCCUUUUGGACUCUGCUUUUGGUUUUCCAAGUGUUCGUGGGGAUGGGCUCUUGCGUGGAGUGUGGCUCCAACUGUACCUGCACCGGUGAUCUUUUGGACUGCAGCAACCGGGGACUGGAAAGAGUUCCUUUGGAACUGCCCACCUGGAUAGUUCAUCUAAACCUGAGCCACAACAAACUGACCGAGAUUGAUCCUUCUGCCUUCUCAAAGCUGCCAAAACUACGGGAAGUGCGACUGAAUAACAAUGAACUGACAGCCAUUCCAUCCCUGGGAGCAGCUUCAGCCCACAUAUCUUCCUUGUUCCUGAAUCGCAACCGAAUCCACAGCAUCGAAGCCAGCCAGCUGGAGCCCUAUGUAUCCCUGGAAACGUUAGACCUCAGCUCAAAUAACAUCACAGAAAUCCGAAGUGGCUGUUUCCCGGUGGGGCUUCCCAUAAAGGAUCUCUACCUGGGGAGCAACAGAAUCAGCGUCCUGGAGACCAAAGCUUUUAACAGCUUGUCACGAUCCCUGCUGACGCUUCGCCUGAAUAAAAACAGAAUUGUCCAACUUCCCGUCAAAGCAUUCAAACUGCCCCAUCUAACACAACUAGAGUUAAACCGGAAUCGUAUUCGUUUGAUAGAAGGGUUGACAUUUCAUGGACUGGACAGUUUAGAAGUUUUGAAGCUGCAGCGCAACAAUAUAAGCAAGUUGACGGAUGGAGCUUUCUGGGGUCUGGCCAAAAUGGAGGUUCUGCACCUGGAGCACAAUGUCCUCACAGAAGUGAACGGUGGUUCCCUGUAUGGCCUGGUGUCCCUUCAACAAUUUCAUCUGAGUAACAACCUGAUAUCCAGUAUCAGUCCUGCUGGAUGGAACUUCUGCCAAAAGCUGAACGAACUGUCCUUGUCAUUUAACAACUUAACCAGAUUGGAUAAAGGAAGUUUAGCAGAUCUGGGAAGCCUGGAGAUCCUUCACCUGAGUCACAAUUCCAUCAGUCACAUUGCAGAAGGGGCAUUCAAGGGACUCAAAAGCUUGCGUGUUCUGAAUCUGGAUCAUAACGAAAUUUCAGGGACAAUAGAAGACACCAGUGGAGCAUUUAUGGGCCUGGAAAACUUAAGCAUGCUGACUCUGUUUGGAAACAAGAUCAAGUCUGUGGCCAAGGAGGCGUUCUCCGGCUUGGAGGCCCUGGAACACCUGAACCUUGGAAAUAACGCCAUACGGUCUAUUCAAGAGGAUGCCUUUACAAAGCUGAAAAACCUGAAAGAACUCCGCAUCAACAGCGAGAGCUUCCUCUGUGAUUGUCAGCUCAAGUGGUUGCCACUUUGGUUAACCAAGAAAAAACAACAGCUGCUUGUGGAAGCCACCUGUGCCCACCCGGAAUCAUUAAAGGGCAAAAAUAUUCUUGAAGUGGUCCCAGAAAGUUUUGUAUGUGACGAUUUUCCCAAACCCAAAAUUAUUGUUGAACCAGAAACUACCAUCGCUGUCCUUGGCAAAGACAUUCGCCUCACGUGCUCCGCAGCCAGUAGCAGCAGCUCUCCCAUGACGUUUGCCUGGAAGAAGGACAGUGAGAUUCUGCACCAUGCUGAGAUGGAGAAUUUCGCCCACGUCCGUGCCAGGGAUGGGGUGGUGAUAGAGUACACUACCAUUCUGCACCUGCGCCACGUCACUUUUUCUCACGAGGGACGCUACCAGUGCAUCAUUACCAAUCAUUUUGGCUCUACCUAUUCUCAGAAAGCUCAGCUUACUGUAAAUGUGCUGCCGUCUUUCCUCAAAACUCCCUAUGACAUCGCAGCCCGUACUGGAACAACUGCUCGGUUGGAAUGUGCUGCUCGCGGGCAUCCCCUUCCGCAGAUUGCUUGGCAGAAGGACGGAGGGACAGACUUCCCUGCAGCUCGAGAGCGGCGCAUGCACGUCAUGCCCGACGACGAUGUCUUUUUCAUCACUGAUGUGAAGAUAGACGACAUGGGCGUUUACAGCUGCACCGCUCAAAACUCUGCCGGUUCUGUGUCAGCCAAUGCCACCCUGACCGUGCUGGAGACUCCAAGUUUGGCUCAUCCAUUGGAAGACCGUGUUGUGUCUGUCGGUGAAACUGUGGUCCUGCAAUGCAAAGCAACCGGAAGUCCACCUCCACGCAUUAACUGGUUGAAGGGUGACCAUUCUCUGACUGUGACCGAUAGGCAUCACUUUACUCCAGGCAACCAGCUGCUUAUUGUCCGCAAUGUUGUGUUAGAAGAUGCUGGGAAGUACACAUGUGAAAUCUCAAAUACGGUUGGAACAGAACGGGCCCACAGCCAAGUGAGUGUAUUGCCUUCACUUGGCUGCCGGAAAGAUGGAACCACUUUUGGAAUCAUGACUAUUGCUGUAGUCUGUAGCAUCGUCUUAACAUCUCUGGUUUGGGUGUGUAUCAUCUAUCAGACCAGAAAGAAGAGUGAAGAAUACAGUGUCACAAACACAGAUGAGACUAUUGUACCACCUGACGUGCCAAGCUAUCUGUCCUCCCAGGGAACGCUUUCAGAUCGACAAGAAAUAGUUGGGAGAGUGGAAAAUGGCCAGCAGCCUAAUGGUCAAAUCCAGAGCAAUGGUGUUUGCCAGCUCAGCAGAGGAAGGGAUGCAGAGGGCGAUGCUCACUCUGUCAUUUACCGACAGCCAAAGAUAUGCUUAGAGCCUUGGAAAGGCGAAGACAUUCCCGAUAGGAUGCUUCUUACAGACAACACAGCCUAUAGCUUGCCUGCCGCAUAUACGGACUGCGAUGGAAGCGUGGAUAUCAACGUUUAUCCCAAGGGCCCGGAUUACUAUUCUCUGGCUGCAGAGGCCAUGACGCCAAAUACUCCCAGUAGCAAGGACUCCGACAAGCAUGGUGGCGUAGUAACGGCUAACUGUUCUAGCCCUCUAAAGUGCAGCACGAAUACGGACAGUAGAAAAUCAGAUGUCAGUGGCACUAUUUAUCCUAGCAAUCAUGACAGGAUGUCAGCGGCUUGCCCAAGCAAGCUACCUCUAGAAGACAGCAAAGGUCCUUCACAGUCCUUGGAUGCCUGUGAGCCUUAUGACUGUUUAUUGCCUGCUGAAGGCUCUCUGUUACAUGUAAAAGGAAGUGCUGAACUAUCUGAGGCAUUACCUGGGGGAGAAAUGCAGCCACGGCUUGUCUCUAAUGGUCAUUUAACAAGGUCACCCACCUCUCUCCCUCAGUCCAGCCACUGAAAUGCUGACAAGGGACCCAGGAAACUUGGGAGGUGCAAAUAAACCGAGCGUGCUCUCUCUGUCUCUCCCACUUAUUUGCACAGAAAUUAUCUAGGCUACUUCUACCUCAAAGUCUGAAUGGACAGCUUCGCGAAUUAAAGGAAAAGUGACAACUCCAUGAGGUAUGAGAAGCAAGCUUGAGUAAGGGAACUGAGCCCUGUUUCUGCGAUGCCCGCUUGUAAAUAGUUUUUAAACUUCCCCGAGAAGGAUCAGUGGCUCCAUGUUGGCUUGCAAAUAAAGCACAGAAAUGCAAAAUGUUACGAUGUAAAGUGAAAAAAAAGUAUUUGAUAACAAAUGUGUACAUAAGAGUUUUCAUAUAUAUAUAAAUAUAUAAAUAUAUAUAUUAUAUCUUUUAACAGAGACUGUUUUAUCCCUUGGUGCAUGUGUGACUGAGUGAAAUUAUACAAUAUUGACAAUAUGCUUUUUUUUUUUCAUUGUUAAGGAUUUUUUUCUUUUUUUAAAAUCCUUCCCAGCCAACUCCAAGACAAAUACUUCUGAUGUCUUCAGUUAAAACUUUGAGGUUACGACCACAAACUUUACAUAGAGAAGACCACACUGAUAAAAAUGCCCUUUCUAUGGUGCCCCCUUGUAUAGGGGUGUGCUGUUUCAGAGAAGUGCUCUACACAGCACACCAUCAAGAACUGAACAUUUAAACUUUCAAAUACGCAAGUGACAUUUCUGUUGAGAGUUCAGUAAGCCCAACAAUUGUGUGGAGGCUCAGGCAUAGAGCUGGGGGGAAUCUUCAAGCAGAUUAGAUGGAAUGUGUCAUUUGCCCGUGAUCGUUGCCAUUCAGCUCUUUCAAAUAGACAUUGAACUAGUUCAUUAGUCUAACUGUCUUCUCAGAAAUAUUGAUAGCACAAUGGUGUACAGUAUGGUUCUUCCAUAGACUUGCUCCCAAGGGAAUCCAUAGGACUGUGGUGUUCUGAGCUUAAAAAGCAAACUGAACUCUGCUCUUCUAAUGUUGAGGUGAGCCAGAUGUCCCAAGAAUAUACUUCAGUACCUACUUUCUGAAACAUGACUGAAUCAAUGAGUUUCUAGGGGAUGUAAAUUGGGCCUGCGCCAGAGAAGGGAGUGGCAGUCAGCAAGAGUUUUUUAGGACAGCACAUUGAAAUAUCCUUGCUCUAUGGUGACUUCUGGAAUAUUUGCCCAUCUAUCCAAUUUCAACCUUAAUUUAGAUGCAUGCAACCUUGUGUCAAAUCCCAACUUCUAUUUAAAUAUUAAAUGUUCAUUGCACUAGCAAUGAUCCUAGUGGAACAACAUUAAACGGCCAAGCUCACCUCAAAAAGCAGAAGGAGCAAGAAGAUUAUAGAGGAGACAUCCUCAUGCUGUUUUAUUUCGCAUAGAGACUUUUAAUGUUUUCUCUGGGCACCUUGACACCUUUUAUAGAGAUUUCAAAAUGCAUUGCUAAUAUUGCUUAUGCAGUAACCUGACACAACGAAUAAUCCAUUUGCACACACACACACACCUAAUUUCCUUUUCUUUUCAAGUCAGACUUAGAAUUCAGGUUCAUAGGUAGAUUCUUAAGGUCUUCUCUGUGUUGUGAGAGACUUUUGACUUAUCUAUCAAGCAAGGAAAAUCAUUUAAAAAGCACGAAUUACCUUAGGCUACUUUGCUUUAGUUUUUAUACAGUUUUAAGUUCACUUAAGCCCUCGACACAAAUGUGAACACAUACAUGAAAACUGUUUUUAUAACUUAAGUGUGGGGUUUUGGUUUUUUUUUUUUAUUUUAUUUUUGCUGUCUCUUUUGACAUUUAUGCCUAUGUAGCUAUGAUAGUUCCCAAAAGUCAUCCUCAACGCCACUUGAUUCAAUUGUAGCUCAGGCUGACUUAAAGUUGAUAAACAUAGGUUAGGACACUGUCUGUAGGGCAGCAUCAGAUUCUGUCUGUUCUUCUCCUUAUUUUCUUUACCUUGACUUAAAGGCCAGUUUCAGAGAAAUAAAGAUAGGAAACAUGAUUUAGUUUAGGAUAUUAAUUCAUAUUAGGGACAUAAUAUAGGAAACACUUUCUUUGUGAGGAGGGACAAAUAGACUUAAAUCUACUCUGAAACACCAAGGAAAGCGUUUUGGUAUGUUCUUAUAUUAACCAGACUGUUUGACUCUAAAGGAAACAUUAACAACCAGAUUUUUCUAAAUAGACCUUAGAAGGCCAGCUGGCACAGGUUAUUUCUCUCUUGUGAAGUUUAGUAUCUUGCUACAGCAACUGGAUAGGAAAGAACCAGAGGUUUUGGUGUGCUGUGUGCAAGCCUUUUUCUUCAUAAUUUUGGGAGGUGAAGGCUUUCAUCUUAAUAGGAAACCUGUGGUAAAACAUACUCUCUCCCUUUAAGUAAGAGAGAGAUUUUAAAUAUCUGAUCACUAUGCCAUUAAAUUACUCUUCCUUCUCCUUCAGUUGGCGGGAAAUGUAUAACUGUGUAAGACAAGUUUUGCCAUCUGCUUUUUAGCUGAAGCUGAACUUUCUGAAGUAAUGCAUAAUUUCACCAUCCCCCUAUCUCCAGACAAUAAACACACUUGCACUUUGGAAUAAGUGUCCAGUGAUAUAAGGUGCCAACUUGUGGCUUAUUUAGUGUUGUUAAAGAAAACGGAUCCGCUAAUAGUGAAACCUAUUCAGGGUAAAUUUUUCCCCUUGUUCAUAAAGAGAGUAAGUGAUGUGCUUUCUAAAGAAAAGUGAGCUUGUAAAGGUUUGGUUACAAAGUGAAAAAGGUUUCUAGGUAAAGAUGAAGGUAAAUGUGGAAAGGCAUAGAAAAAAAGGUAUCAUUUGAAUUGCUAAGCACACUUGCCAUAUUAACAUUUUGGAAAUUUUAGUUUUAGAUACAGUUGUUUAAAUGUUGUUACUUCCACUAAAUAUGUGAAUCUGCUGCUUCUGAGAGGCAAUGUGAAAGAGGAAGUAUUAAUUUUUGUGUAAAAAGUUAUUUAUUUAUUAGACUAAUGUGGUACAAUGUUGUACAUUGAGAAUACAUUGUAAAGAUAUUGGAAGUGUUUAACAAAUGGCAUUGAAGUGUCUUUAAUAAAGGUUCAUUUAUAAUA